CGAGGACGAAACAACUACGAAAAAAUAAUAAACAACAGAAAUCAGUGCGCCGUCCUUCGUCGACAACAACAUCCGCACUGCUGCCGGCUCCUGUUCAGAAUUUGACCAACAGAAGUGCCAUAAACUACGAUGAACAGGCAGCCGGCGGCGGCUAUAAAGACCCGCUCUUUCUGCCUCCAGGGAUCGAUCUCAGUUCAAUCUUUUCUAGUUUCUGUUUCUUCCUUUGUCGUCCCUGGUCGAUUAGUGCGCACAAGCGCCGUCGCUUUCUCUUGAUGUUCGAUUUGGCGUUGCCUGCUCGUGAAGCCGCCAAAUUCCAUUUCCUGUUCAGACAUUACUAACAAACAAGCUUGGAAAGCAAGAAGAAGAGGCAAAAAUCCCGUCUUGCGGGCGAAGGAAAGCGGAAAAGUCGUUCCUUUCUGCUCAAGCGGCGAGUUCGACGGAUUGAGGGGCGGAGAAGGGAAGAAGAGAUGGCGAGUUUAGGGUUGGAGGCGGAGAUUACGACCGGCUUUGAUGAUUUCUUCGGAGAGCUUAAGCAAAUAUGGACAGAGAUUGGGGAAAGCAAGGAAGACAUGGACCGCAUGGUGUUGGAAUUGGAGAGCGAGUGCAGGCAGAUAUACCAGAAGAAAAUCGAAGAAGCCAGCAGAGAGAGGGCUCACCUUCAUCACUCAGUGGCGGCCAAAGAAGCAGAGGUUGCUUCUCUUGUCUCUGUUCUUGAUGAACGCACUCUCCACCGAAAGAUGGAGAAGUUGUCAUUGAAGGAGCAGCUUGCUUCAGUUACCCCUCUUUUGGAAGUUCUACGCGAAAUAAGAGCGGAACGAUCGAGACAAUUCACCGAUGUGCAAUCGCAGAUUGAGAAGAUUAAAGCUGAGAUUGAAGGAACCACUUGCCAUCAUCCUCCAACUAAUGCUGUUGAGAUCGAACAAGAUGACUUGUCGAUUCGAAAACUCACCGAGUAUCAGUUACAGUUAAAGGGUCUCCAGAAGGAUAAGUCUGAUCGCCUUCAGAAAGUUUUGGAGUUUGUAAAUGAGAUUUACUCUUUAUGUGGUCUGCUCGAAGAGGACUUUCGAAAGACAGUCGAUUCAGUGCACCCUAGCUUGCACGAUAAUGGUGGAAAACAUUCGACAAACAUUAGUGAUUCAACACUCGAGGGACUAUCCCAAGCCAUCCUGAAGCUAGAAACCGAGAAGAAGAUACGAAAAGAUAAGUUAUCGCAAGCAGCGAGAUCACUGAUGGAUCUGUGGAACAUGAUGGAGACACCGGACGAAGAACGAAAAUACUAUGGAGAAAUAGUGCAGAUUCUGGGAUCACCUGAACAUGACAUUGGGUGCUCAGGUGGCUACUCUCUUGGCACAAUUGAGAAGUUGGAGGCUGAAGUUGAGAGGCUGAUAAGCCUUAAAGAGACUAGAAUAAGAGAACUUGUUCUGAUUAAAAGGGCAGAACUAGAGGAGAUAUGCAGAACUGCACACAUUGAACCUGAUACGAGCACAGCUCCAGAGAACGUCAACGCAGCGAUCGAUUCGGGUGUUCCGAGUUCAUCUGAACUUCUUGCUAACAUCGAAAUGCAAAUUUCAAAAGCCAAAGAAGAAACUGUUAUCAGGAAAGAAAUCAUGGAUGGAGUAAACAAAUGGCUCGCGGCAUGUGAUGAAGAGAGUUGGCUUGAAGAUUAUGAUCAGGAUCCAAACAAGUACAUUGCCGGAAGAGGUUUCCACUUGAAUCUAAAACGAGCGGAGAAAGCACGAGCUGCUGUCAAUAAAAUCUCAGAUAUGGUCGACAAAUUAAUGAACAAAAUAUUCGUGUGGGAGAUAGAAAGACGGAUGCCUUUCUUGUAUGAUGGGGUUUCGUUGGUGUCUAUAUUGGAAGAGUACAAAUUGUUAAGGCUACAGAAGGAAGAAUUGAAAAGGCGAUAUCGAGAGCAAAGGAAACUGCGAAAUCUGUUCCCCACAGGGAAGGAAGCAGUUUAUGUGUCUAAAUUGAGUUCAAUUAGGAACAACAAUUUCAGAAGGAAGCCAAAUGAAAAUGGCUCCAUGACUCCUACUCCACGGUGGGCCACCGUUGCCGGCAAUGCAAGCCCCGAGUUACUCAUACACCGAUCCCGUUCUCGUGGUUCUGGUAUGUACUUCAAGGAGAUGCGGCAUCUGUCCGGCACAUCGUUGAACUUUGGUCCAAUGUCAGGGGAGGAUACACUAUCUUUGUUCAAGUCCAUUACAAGUUCUGAACCUGAGUCUCCACCCCUCACUUAACUCUCAGGUUUGUUCCAUUCAAUAAUCGAAAUGCAAGUACAUCGAUUUCCAUCAUAAUUUGCAGGAAUAUAAGUCUGAUCUAAGAGCAUUAGUGUGUUAAGAAGAGUUAGUAGAUAAAGGAAAUGGCUUAGUGGUUCUUUCAGGUGUCCUUUGCACUGCACUACACUUCAAGCUUUAAGAAGCUUUAUACAAUUGUUCUAUCAUAUUCAGAUGAGUUUAUAAACAUAAACUAUAAUCUUCAUAACUAUUUUGAAUGCCAAGCCAAAGCUUCUUCACAAAGGCAUACAGAUUGGUAGCAAUGGAUCAGGUGUGUGCCAUAAUUCAGAAAUCAUUUUUCUGCAUUUUUGUUUGGUUUCAGGAAGUUCGACGGCAAGAUCAAAUGCUAAACACGCAUGCAAUGACAAGAAUCCUGAAAGUUUAUUCGUUCAAUCAAUUUUCUGUAAACAAACUCAUUAAUUAGAUGUUCUAAUCCUCUGUAACAUCAGUUAUCUGGAAUAGAAGUUGCGUGGUGCAUCUGUCA